AUGUUCGGGCGGUGUUUGCUUACGGGAGGCCGGAGCGCCGGGAUGCUUCUGGCCAGGGUGAAGGAGACGACGGGGAUCGUGGGGCUUGAUGUGGUGCCGAACGCGAGGGAGGUGCUUAUCGGGCUUUACAGUCGCACCCUGAAGGAGAUCCAGGCGGUCCCAGAAGACGAGGGCUAUCGCAAGGCCGUCGAGAGCUUCACACAGCACCGGCUCAAGGUGUGCCAGGAAGAGGAGGACUGGGAGCAGAUCGAGAAGCGCAUCGGCUGCGGCCAGGUCGAGGAGCUCAUAGAGGAGGCGCGGGAUGAGCUUACUCUAAUUGCCAAGAUGAUCGGUAAGGAGAGUCCGCCCGGUCGUCCCUUGUUUUGGUUUCCAUCUCGCCUCCCCGAUUCCGCACGGCCGCUGAACGGGUUGGCAUUUCUGGUAAAUGCCUCUUUGGUGAGGAUUUCAAUCGAUUCCCCGGGGGUUGGGGAGAUUUUGGCCUCGAUCUAAAUUCAGCGUUUCAUUUAAAACAUUCGGAAUCCGAUUUGAUCAAAAUGUCUUCGUGUUCAUAUUACCUACAUUGUCUCAAUGGAAUUUGGCAAAAAACAUGCGACGCCGAAAACCAUCGUGCUCAUUUUUCGCAUUUGCCUCUUUACUGGGCAUUCAGUCGUAACGAUUGUGUAAACGGUAUGCUGCAUCACUUGCUCGAUGUGUUACGCCGUCGACAUUCUAACCGAAAGUUUGACUUUCAUGAAUGUGAGUUUCGAGCAAGUUUUUGUGUUCCCCUUCUGGGACGCACAUUUCGAGCAUGGGCCCUUACGAAAUGAAAUGGAAGGAAGCAUCCGAUCAUAUAAGUGUGAAUGAAAAUGUAGAUAUGUAAGGAACUGAAGAUGACGGGUUUUGAUCAUAAAAAACCUGUCUUGCUUCCGUGUGAGUAAAUAUUCUUCAACGCGAUGGUGGAGAAUAAAUUAUGUUCUGUUUAAGUGUGUUAGUGAUGGACUUGUGUUGGAGCCAUGAGGAAAAACAACGAGGCUCGCUCGUUGUUGGUGGAGGAUGAUACAUUGAAAAGAUGCAUAAAAAACCGGUCAAUGUCGGCCAAGGAGUGCUGUCUUUCGUGGAUUUUCAUGCUGUUUUGUGAGAACGAAUCAACGAUGCUAUUUUUAGAUCGGCUCAGGUCUGUAUAAAAUACAGAUGGUUCACUUCCAUAUAUUGCAUAGCUUGCGUUCUGCAUUUUAAUCGUCUCUGUUCAUUGUCAACAAAGGGUGGGAAACAUGUUAUCUUGUUUUCAUGAGUGCGUUUCUACUGUUUUUUUAAAUCAAUAUUCUCUGAGAUCUCAUGUACACCGAGUUGAUCAUUGAUUUCUAUGGACACUAAGAGUAUCCUCUGGACGCUUGAAGAAUCUUCAGAUUGAAGUUGAAUCCUUACCAAGAAUCGUUCAUUAAUGCUAUCGUUAGAGAUGUCUGCCAAAAAUGAAUAAUGAACCACGAAAAGAAGGGAACUGUAGCAUGAUUAUUGAAUGAAAGGGGCUCUAAAAGUGAAGGGCAGAAUAUGAUGUCUGUGUGAAUUCAACAUCCCAAUGUAAGAUUGAGAAAUUUCUUAUAUAAGUCAUGGAUUUUCCACAUAUUUUCUUAUAUAUUCUGCUAGCUUACAGAGAUCAGAGUGAGUUUAAUGAUGUUUGAUUUUCUAAUAUCCUUUGGUGAAAGCGAUCCUGAUUCACAUAGUCAGUACAUCGAAUGCUAACUAUAGUUUUGAGCGGUCAUUCCCACUUGAAGAACUGAAACAACUUUUAGCAGAUGUAACAUCUGGCUGUCACCUCUUUUAACCUUGUUUUUUGGAUGUAUAAUAGAAAAAAGUAGUUCUGCUAACUAUAAUCAGGGAAAUUUUUUGCAUCUGGUUAUCAGGUGCAAAAGUAGAAAAUUAGAAAAAGCUCUUUUCAAACCCACUCACUAGCCUAUAUGUUGUUGCUUCAAGCUGUUUCCUUGUUAUGAGUAAGAGACUCCUCCGUUAUGAAUGUCUUUACUGUCAUCAGGAAUCAUCUAGUGACAAGUUUUCCAUAAUGAAGCAAAAUGACGAGGCUGAGAGCUGAUGGCAUGUAUUCGGUUUGUAGGUUUUUAUUGUGGAUGAACCCAAUAGCGGAUCUUUUAGUCAAUCUUAGUGGUUCCCUUAUAUAUUUAUAUUUACUUGAAACACAACAGAAAAUUCAUGUGCACCCGAAUCUGACGGGGAAGAAUUCAAUCUUUAUGUAAGAUUGAGUGAGCUAUGACAGCACUGGCAUCAUCUUCAUGUGGAUACGGAAAUGACAUUUAAAUAACUGGGACCUACUUUUUCCUGUUAUCUAUUAUAUACUUAUGUUUAAUGCACAUCUCAUUAUCUUUUUUUCUUAAUCAUAUCCAUUGAAGCCAAACGGCUCUAGAUCACCUUUCAUUGUAAUUUAACUUGGAUACUUUCCAAUUUGACAAUGUUGUAGUGAGGGAUUGGUUAGCAGGCUGCUUUCAGUCUACCUGGUUGUAAAUGUCUCAGUAAACUAAACCCUUUUGCAAUUUGAAAAAUCUGUUCUUUGGAGAAUUCCCCCCAAAUGAGAGGGUCCUUGUCUUCUUUAGUAAUAGAAGCGAGUACAUUCCCCCAACCCUUAGGGAAUUUUAUGUUACAUUGUCAUGAGAUAGAAAUCGAUUGUGUUUCUCCCUCUAUUUACAACUUACUUUAAUUACCUAUCUCCAAUCCGAAAUCUUCUCUCCUUGCAAAUUCGAAAUGAAUGUACUUGGAGGCCUUUCCUUGAUUAUCGAAAGUUUAAUUAUUAGGCUUGACGCUGGAGGCACUUAAAUUUCUUUUUACGUCAGUCUUUUCCAGAAAGAAUGCUCAAUAGUUCAUGUUCCAUAAAAGCCAGGGCUCAAAUAGAUUAUUUUCGGAUAUGUGAUCGCAAAUCUUAUGUGCCAUGUUUCUCUCCUUUUUUUAAGCUUUUUUGCAUAUUGCUAGAAUAAAUUAGUCUAUUAAAUAUUUGGGAAAUGUAAAUUAUUUGCGUGUUGAAUUUUUAGGUGGUUACGUCAGCUUUUAGUUUCCUAUUUUCCUUGCCUUCAGACGUGAAAAUAUCUAGGUAGAGUUUGAUUAAUGAACACUUUUGAUGUGAUUAGCAUUUUCUAAAUGCUAUGGACUACAUAUAUGAUCGACACUCUCUCUUCCUUCUUGAAGAAGAGUUUGGUGGGGGUUAUGGGCAUGUGUUGUCUGGGGUGGGAUGAAUUGUUUGGUGGAUUUAUCUCAUGGUAUUUCUGGGCUGCUAGAAAUAGAUAGGAUGCGUUUCACCAAUCAGAAGCCUGAACUGAGGAAUAUUCCUUAAUAUAUAGAGAUGUAGGCUCUUUUCCUCAUGGAUAAUUUUACAUAACUCUGGAUGGGAGAACUCUCUUCUCCGCGUGAGAAUCUGAUGGAAAUCUCUUGGAUAAGUCAUUCUAUGAUAACAUUCGCAUAAAGAGACGACUGCUCUCCCUGAGGAGUCAUACGACGCUGUUCCCUGCAGCCUUCUUGCAACAUGGGAGCACAGAUAUUUAGCUGGCCAGGCCUUGCCUGGCACGCCAGAGGAACAAAGUUAAGACAAGGCUAGCAUCAGUCGAUAUGAUGAGCAUUUGGCUACAUGGGCUGUUCCGAGCGCAUGUUCCCUACGUAGAAUAUGAAGAGAGAAGAGCUAUGCAGUGGUGCCUCAUUCACAUGGCCUUCCUCCUGCUGCAUCUCCCUGAGUCUAAGCUUUUCUGACGUCUCUUGUGCUACAUGCUAGGCUUGAGUUCUUGUUUAUGCUUCAUUUGGCAGACUACUGAACAAGUUUCAAUCUGGCCUGCAGAAUGGGAUCCGUGGGGUGUUCCUGAAGGGUACGAGUGUGAGGUCAUUGAAAACGAUGCUCCGAUCCCGAAGCAUGUACCUUACCACCGACCACCUCCCCUUCCAGAAGAAUUCUUCAAGACGCUGGAGGCCUUGGGUUCUAAAUCAGAUGCAAAGGACGAAGUACCCAGCUCGACCCAAUCAAAGGAGUGA